AUGGCUAAUCCAAAAAGUCACAGGAAAAAUAAUGCAUUAGGAGCAUCAUUAGAGAUGACUCAAUUUGUAGAUGCAGGUGCCAAUAAAAUAAAGAAAAGAAUAAGAGAUCUUGAAAGAUUAUUGAAGAAGAAGAAAGAUAUAUUACCAGAUACAGUGAUUAUAGAGAAGGAAAGAACUUUAGAAGCUUUGAAAUUGGAAUUAGAAAAUGCUACAUUAAGACAGAAGAUUAAACAUAAUGCUAAAAAAUAUCAUAUGGUUAGAUUCUUCGAAAGGAAAAAGGCAUUAAGAAGAUACAAGAAAGCUUUGAACGAAUUGACCUCUGCAAAGGAUAAAGAUGAGAAGAAAAUAAAAGCAACAGAGUUACAGGAAAGGAAAAUUGAUUUAUGUUAUGUGGUUAAUUUCCCCAAAACUGAAAAAUAUAUUGCCCUGUAUCCAAACACUAAAAAUGAAGAUGAUUCAGAAUCUGAUUCUGAUAACAAAAAAGAAAAUGACGAAAAAGAUCAAACCAGUCGGAGAAGGAAAGCAUUCCGUUCCGUUGUUAUAAAACAAAUGGAAGAAGGUACUUUACCUGUUCCAUUCGAUGAUAUCUUGGAAGGUAAGAAACUAAAUAAGGAAGGUACUGGUAUCCUAUUAGAAGAUGAAUCUAAUACUAAAUCAGGCAGAAAAGAUGAACGUAAAGCUGGAGAAAAUAAGAAGGAACUUAAUGAAGAAGAAGAAGAAGAGGAAGAUGAUUUCUUUGAAUAA